AUGGAUGACGUGCCGGGCCCCUCGCGAGCGUCCUUCCUUCUAGGAAACGCUCUCCAAAUUUCUGGCAGGCAAAGUUGGGAAUUCCAUGCUGCAAUCGCACGGAAGUACGGGUCUGUGAUCAAACUACAUUGGCUGUUUGGUACCGAGGCGCUUUAUGUCUUUGACCUGCUAGCGUUAAGCCAUAUCAUCAAGAAUCAGGAGAAAUUUGACCAACCUUCCUGGUAUGUUGAGACCCACAACAUGAUGCUCGGUCCGGGGCUCCUCUCGGUCACCGGAGACACGCACAGGAAGCAACGGAAGAUGCUUACCCCAGUGUUCUCUGCCAAGCACCUCCGCACCGUAGUACCUAUCUUCUACCAGGUGACAGACAAGCUCAUACAGGCCAUAUCUAAUCGUGUGCCAACGCAUUCCGAGAGCACAGACAUAGACGUUCUAGCCUGGAUGAGCCGUGCCGCCCUCGAGCUGAUCGGCCAGGGAGGCAUUGGGUACUCGUUCGACCCGCUGAUCGAGGACAUUUCAGACGCAUAUGCUGACGCUGCAAAGUACUUCGUGGUGACCGCGACCUCUCCGGAAAUGAUACCCCUUCGGCAAAUGGCACCGUUUCUCAAGCAUCUCGGCCCUUCCUGGCUUCUCCGCUGGGUUAUGGAGAAGUCGCCCGUGCGCCUUGUCCGGCGCAUGGUCCAGAUCACGGACGUUCUGCACGAGCGCUCCCUCGAAAUAUUUCGCGCGAAGAGGGCCGCGAUCGAAGCCGGGGACGAUUCUGACUCGAAGGAUAUCUUGAGUAUCAUGCUGCGAGCGAAUAUGGCGGCGUCCGGUGAAGACCAGCUCCCGGAAGAUCAGCUCCUUGGCCAGAUGUCGACCAUUAUCUUCGCGGCGAUGGACACGACAUCAAACGCCAUGGCGCGUACGCUGCAGCUGCUCGCAGAGCACCCGCAAGUGCAGACGAAACUGCGGCGUGAAAUCGCCGACGCGAAGGUAGGCAGCAACCAUCUGGAUUACGACCAGCUGCAUGCCCUACCAUACUUGGAUGCUGUAUGUCGUGAGACCUUACGACUUCAUCCAGUAGCCCCCAUGAUUUUCCGGCAAGCAUUCGAAGACACCGUCCUCCCUCUUUCCCACCCCAUUCGCGCGACAGAUGGGACGUUGCUCCGCGAGAUUGCUGUCCCGCGCGGAACAAAUAUCCUUGUCAGCAUCCUAGCAUGUAACCGUGAUAAGGCACUCUGGGGGGCCGACGCGGACGAGUGGAAGCCAGAGCGGUGGCUCGCGCCCCUGCCCGCGGAAGUGGAGAGCGCGGCUAUUCCCGGCGUGUAUUCAAACAUGAUGACGUUCUCCGGCGGCGCGCGGGGAUGCAUCGGCUUCACGUUUUCGCAGCUAGAGAUGAAGGUCGUCCUUUCCGAGAUGCUCGCCAACUUCACAUUCGAGCUUUCUGAAAGACCCGCCGUGUGGAACCUUGCCGGGGUUUCGUAUCCAACCGCGAGCACGGAAAGCACGAAGCAAGAGCUGUGGUUGAAGUACACGGUUUCCGGCGGUGCCAUCAUGUCCGUAGUAUCGUUAUCCAAUGGCAACUAG